GCGUGUGAGUCAUAUCAGCUGACUACGAUUUCACGUUGUGUCACUGCGUGCCCGGAGCUUUUGCAUUUAUAUAAUAUUGAGACAGGCUAAACUUGGGCUCGACUCAAGUCCACUAUCUAGUCAGGAAAGUUUGCCUUCAGCGGGACCCGGAAGCAUUGAGCUAGAAUCGUGUGUGGCAUCUCAGGGAUCAGAUCAUCCAAAGGAGUGAAUCCUUCAGUUUCCGUUAUGGAUCCCAAACAGAUGUAUCCACAAGGCAAAGAGCCAACAGCACCUUCGGCUCCAAUGUACGAUGCUCCACCUCCGUACGCUCCGCCUGGCUAUCCAGUACCCUAUAGUUCCCCGUAUCCACCGGGACCUGUUCCCCCUCAACCCAUGUAUCCUCCACAAGCCUAUGGCUAUCCACCAAUGGCACAACAACAGUAUUAUCCGCCCCAGUAUCAGUCUCACCCGACGAUGCCGCCUCAGCAAAUGUUGCCGCAACAGGUACCCGUCGCUCAGAGCCAUUACGUAGUUCACGCUCAAUUCGAUGCUGCAGCUCGUUUCAAUCAGCACUCUGCACCGACGAUUCCCCCCCCUCCUCCCGGCUGCAUGCCCAACGAAGCUCAGAGGGCCAUGAUGUCUGGUCAACCCACGACCGUGAUCGCACAGCAGAAGAAAGGUGGUUUCUUCUCUGGGAGCGGAGGCGGAGGUGUGAAGUUCUGGUGAAAGGCUGAGGAUUUGAUCUCAUCGGAGGAUCGAUUUCUUUGCUCAUUAGAGGAAACCAUCGUAGCGGAUCGCACACGAGACUUCGAGUUUACGGAGUCCCGGUGAGCAGGCUCCGUUAAGAAUAGAUUCAGGGGUUUUAUUUCGCUGGAGUUUUCCUGAUGAACCCGGAAGGGACUCGCGGAGCUUCGGAAUCCUCCAAGGGUCGGGAGAUCCUGCUUGUACAGUAGUGAAUUUCGGAUAAUAAAGGAGAUUG